UAGAUGGCGACACAAGCGACCCUGCUCUAUUGCGUUUGUUAGCUCUGGCUGUCAGAAGUAAUUUCGGAAAUUCUCGAUAUUUAUAGCAAAAAUGUAUUCAUUUAUGACUGUGGUGCAGUUAAAAAAUGAAUUGCGACAGAGAAAUGCAUCUGUAACUGGUAAAAAAGCUGAUUUGAUCGAAAGAUUGGAAGCGUAUGACCGAAACUUUAAUUUUGGUGCAGACCCUGGUCCUAGUGAAGAUCCUAGGUACGAGUGCCCGCCUGUGUCGUGCUUUAAGGAUAUUAAUGCCGAUUCGCCCAUUCCACCUUUAGAUAGGCACGAAAUUCAGGCAUAUUUUGAAAAAUUUAAUGCCCAGAAUAAAGGCAAAGAUAUGUACGAGUCUCGUUGCCUGCUAACCGCUAGAUAUGCUUCGGUCGGGGCGAGUACUUACUUUCAAGGGCAGUGUAAAGCCCAAAUGAAGAAAGUUACUUACAUAGUGAAUGUAAAAGUGUCUAAAGAAGGUAAUAUCGAACAGGCCAACUGCGAGUGUGCUGCUGGCAGUGGUAUUGAAGCUCAUUGCAAGCAUGUGUCUGUUUUAUUAUGUGCAGUGGAAGAUAUGUGCCGAACUAAGACCAUUAUGGUACAUCAAGUGACAACACAAAAGCUGAUGACGUUCAAAAGACCUCAUAAGGUAUUUUAUAGGUCGCCUAUUCAGGCACAAAAUUUACCAAUGAGCAGGCCAAGAAAACAAGCUGUAAAUUUUAACCCACUCAAGAGAGAGGAUAUGAUGGAGAAUUAUCAAGAUUAUGUCCACAAUUUGGCCAUCAGGAGAGCAGUAUGA